AUGUCCAGCACCCUAUUUGACGAUAUCUUCCAAGUCUCGGAAGUCGAUCCUGGUCGUUACAACAAAGUGUGUCGUAUCGAAGCCGCAUCCACCACCCAAGACCAAUGCAAACUAACAUUGGAUAUAAACGUUGAACUGUUCCCCGUCGCGCCACAAGAUUCGUUGACUGUCACUAUUGCAUCCUCUUUGAACCUUGAAGACACCCCAGCGAACGAGGCUUCUGUAACAAAAAGUUGGAGGCCUCCUCAACCUGGUGACAGAUCAUUGGCCGACGACUACGACUAUGUCAUGCACGGUACCGCUUACAAAUUCGAGGAAGUCAGCAAGGACCUAAUUGCGGUUUACUACUCGUUCGGCGGUCUGCUGAUGAGAUUGGAAGGUAACUACAGAAAUUUGAAUAAUUUGAAGCAGGAGAAUGCUUAUCUUUUGAUUCGUCGUUAA